AUGGCGGACCAGGCCGCUUCCUCUUCCAAGGCGCCGCUCUUUGGCCUCUGUGCCAUGGCAUUCGUGCCUGGCAAGCAUCUGGCACAGAGCAUUGUAGACGAGAUGGCCGACAUGGUGAAAGAAUAUGGUGCCGAAGUCGUCGAGCGCAGAUCCGACGGCACCCUCCCGGUUGCUCGCUGCACACAUAUCAUUUCCAACUCGAUCGACUUUCCAGAGUACAACGAGGCUAUGGCCAUGAUGGUGCCUGUCGUCGCCCCUUCGUGGGUCACCACGUCACUCCACAAGGGAAAGCAGGCACAGGUCCGGCCUUACUCUCCUGACCCCAGGAUGAUCUUCUCCAGCGUCAUUCUGACCUGCGCCGACAUCCCCACCUCCGACAAAGAGGCCAUCAUUGGCGCCACACUUGCCAUGGGAGGCAUAGAAUCCAAGGACCUCGGACGAAUGACCACACAUAUAUGCGCCCUCUCAAUUGACCACCCAAAGUGUCGGCAGGCCCUUGAAAAGAAUUUGAAGUGUAAAAUAGUGCUUCCUCAUUGGUUCGACGACUGCUUCAAGCUGGGGAAGAAGAUUGAUGAAGGCCCAUAUCUGUUGCCCGAUCCUCAGAUUUUGACCAAGGCACCAGGAGACCAGCUUGACAUCCCUUCUAGCCAGCAUCUAGAAGGUGCAACAUCAGCCCGUCCCGAUACUACGCUAGUGACCGCGGACUGCCAGACCCGAUCUAGUGAAAAGCUGACAGUAUUCAAAAACAAAAAGAUCAUGCUGUCUUGGGAUCUUGCAAUCACCAAGAGACUGCGAGAUAUCCUUGAAGAAUUGGUCAAGAAGGGCGGCGGAGAAACAGUAGAUGAAGUCGAAAAUUGCGAUUGGUUCGUCUGCCAAUAUCGCGAUGGCGAACAAUACAUUCGGGCCGCACAAAUGGGCAAGGAUGUCGGCAAUCUUGCCUGGAUAUAUUAUCUCAUCAUACAUAACGAAUGGACGUCUCCACUCAGAUGUCUUCUGCAUUAUCCGAUUCCUAAAGGGGGAAUACCGGGAUUCAAGGACCUUAAGAUCACUCUCUCCAACUACGGAGGCGAAGCUCGUAUCUACCUCGAAAACCUAGUUACCGCCGCCGGAGCGCAAUACACAAAGACCAUGAAAGCUGACAACACACAUUUGAUUACAGCUCGUAAGAACAGCGAGAAAUGUGACGCUGCUCAGGACUGGAACAUUCACAUGGUCAACCACCUCUGGAUCGAAGAAAGCUACGCAAAGUGCGAGCUCCUAAGUGUAUCAAGUCCCAAAUUUGUACACUUUCCUCCUCGCACCAACCUCGGUGAGAUCAUCGGACAAACCUUCUUCGACGAGUCCAGGCUUCGUGAGAUGUAUUAUCCCGGUGGUGAGGAAGAGCUGGAUGCUGCGGCACAGAGGAAACGGAAGAUCCUAGAAGCGGCACAGGAAAAUGCGUACAGCCAUGGCCCGGCAGCAGGCGCGGCCAUUGGACGGCAAGAGCAUCAAGACUUUGAUGUUUUGAGAGACGACGAUGCGGAGUAUUCUAAGAAAACAACGAAGCAAUUCGGCGUGCCAGCUCCUCCAAAGCCUAACAAGCCGCUUGCCACACCGGCACGUGGGCGCCAUGUCCGAACUGGCAAGGAGAAUGACACUCCUUCCGUCUACUCCAGUGGCAGUCGAAGCGCGAAGGAUAAGGCGUUGCACAAGCUUCAGGACCUUGCCCCUGAUAUUGCAUUGUAUGAGAAGGAACGAAAGCGAAUGGCGAAGGACGGUCAUGGUCCCUGGGGAGGAAAGCGGGCAGCUGACCAGAUCGACAAAGAGAGGACUGCCGAUAGAAGCUCCAGUCCUGCGCAUGAGGAGCCAGAAGACACCGAAGAAGCCAGACGACCGGCCAAGCGGCAAAAGCCUUCGCUACCACCGGUAGAAAUGAAGAUUUGCCUCACAAGUUUCAAGCGAUGGACUGGAGAUAGGAAUAAAGAGGAUAACGAUAGGCGCAAACUUCGCAGUCUGGGCAUCCAGAUCGUCCAAGAUAAUAUGCCAUGUGAUUAUCUUGCGGCGCCACAAGUAGUGCGUACUAUCAAAUUCCUCCGUUGUCUCGCAAAAGGCCCAGAGGUCAUCAACUCCACAUUCGUCGAGGAUUGCUUGUCCACCGGCAAGGUUCCUGCCAUUGAAAAGUACAAACUGAAGGACAAAGCCAACGAGUCCAAGUUUGGCAUCAACCUGGAGAAGUCGGUGAAGAGAGCGCGAGCAAAUCAGGGCAAACUGUUGUGGAAUAUCCCUGUAUAUUGCACGGCCGAUAUCAAGAACGGCCCAGACAGCUUCAGAGCCAUUGCAGAAGCGAAUGGUGCCAUAUUCAAGGUGUAUCGAGCAAGAAGUGGGACGACUAUCCGGCCUACGAAGCCGGAAGAGGAGGACGGACCACCCGAACCCGUCUAUCUGAUCACAUCAGGCUCUCCGUCGGAACGUCAGCUCUGGUCCAAGUUCGAGGACAUGGCGAGACAGGGAAAUAUGGAGCCUCGGGUUGUUGCUAGUGACUGGCUGCUAGAUGUCGCCAUGAAGCAGGAAGUGGUCUUCAAGAAGUCACAUCUUGCCAGCGAGUAUUUUAAGAAGGCUUAA